UUAGAAGGCCGGCCGAGCCUCCGUUCUCCCGCAGAGCGACGCGAUUCCCUGGAGGAACCUUCGGAAGCGGCGGGAAAAAAAAAAAGAAGAAGAAGAAAAAAAGAAGUCACCGACUCGCAUCCAUGGCCAACCAGCGGGAAGAAAGAUACACCUAUGAGGAUUAUAAGAGGACGGCAGAUUGGCUCCUGAGUAAAACCAAGCAUCGCCCCCGAGUGGCUAUCAUCUGUGGCUCAGGGCUUGGGGGCCUGGCUGACCUCCUGAAGGACCAAGUGGUGUUUGAUUAUGCUAAGAUACCCAACUUUCCCCAAAGCACAGUUGUAGGCCAUGCUGGCAAGCUGGUGUUUGGAAACUUGAGUGGGACGCCGACUGUGGUGAUGCAAGGGCGCUUCCAUAUGUAUGAAGGCUACCCACUGUGGAAGGUGACCUUCCCAGUUCGGAUCUUCCAUCUUCUUGGCGUUGAAACCCUGAUUGUCACCAAUGCGGCUGGGGGGCUCAAUCCUGCCUUCAAAGUGGGGGACAUCAUGGUGAUCCAGGACCACAUCAACAUACCUGGGUUUUCCGGGCAGAACCCUUUGAUGGGACCGAACGAUGAGAGGUUCGGCGUCCGCUUUCCAGCCAUGUCGGAUGCCUACAAUGAAGACUUGAGAAAACUGGCUGUCACGGUGGCUUCUGAAAUUGGGUGUUCCGGCUGCAUGAGAGAGGGGGUAUACUGUGCCCUGGGAGGCCCCAAUUACGAGACCAUCGCUGAAUGCCGCCUCCUGCAGAAACUGGGUGUUGAUGCUGUCGGCAUGAGCACAGUCCCUGAGGUCAUUGUGGCCCGUCACUGCGGCCUCCGAGUUUUUGGCUUCUCCCUCAUCACCAACAAAGCCAUUCUGGACUAUGACACCAAAGAGAAGGCCAACCACGAGGAAGUCUUGGAAGCCAGCCGCCAAAGCGCCCGCACCCUUGAGAAGCUGGUCGCCAUGAUGGUGGAGCGCAUCGAACCCAACAACAACCUAGCCUAGGGCCCAUCCAGCUCAUGAUUGUCCGAGAGAGAAUAUGCUUCUUCUUAUUAAAUCCUGCUGCAAAGAUUCCUACUCUGGGAUGGUGCAGACAUUUUGGUCUGGGAAGUUGCCGAGAGUGGAAUUAACGCACUUCUAAUCCUGCCUACUUGUCCGCCUCUGACCAAGAAGCCCAUUUUUGUCUGUCUGUUUUUGUCCUUCGGUGUGUUGCUUCUCCAUGCGGGUAGCUCAUGUCCCUUCCAUCUCAUCUGUUCUUUGUAAAACUCCUCCAGAAUCCCCGUAGUCACCUCAUGUGGACCUGUUUUACUUUAAAAUGGGGGAUGUGUGAGGAAACUAGAAGUCCUUUCUCAUUUCAAAAUAGUCUUUUAAGGUGCCAUUUUGUUUCUGGUUACAGGUUUGGGUUCAGUUUUCUGAAUCCUACCAUCGUUGUUGACCACCAAAUUCCAAUCUGAUAGAUGUUUGGGUCUUCUCCGGUGCUUGGGCAUUUUGAACAGAAAGUCUUAACUGUUAUGCAAUAACUUGUCUGGCCUCUCAUGUUUCCAAUACUUGAAAUGUUAUUCAUGGCUUCUCCUUCCAAGUUUCCUUUGGUCCUUGAGGUUAUCUGUUGAAGCUGCGUAUUAAUAUCUUGAAUUAAUUUAUUUCCAACUGUGCUUGUGCUCCAAAGAAGCUACUGAAUUGCUCAGAACUUGAAUCCAUCAUCUUCAGGCAAUAAGCCGGCGAGAUCACAUAUUCACAAAAUGUAGAUGACGGUGAUAAGUGAAUGUCAGGAUCUAUGUCAAAUUUAACCCACCUGAAUGCACCUCCAUAGCAACUAGAAUAAAAGACCCUCCUGCAUAUAAAAAUUCAUCCAGGUGACAGUUGUCGCAAAGGUGUUUUUUCAAGAGGCAACUGGACUUUCUUUUUCCUUGAAGACAUUUCAGUUCAGAACUGAAGAAGCUUCUUGGAUGAGAAGUGAAAAUGUCUUCAAGGAAAAUCAAAGCCCAGUUUCCUCUUGAAAAAGCAUUUUUGGGGCUCUUGUAAGGCGAAAUCUGUAAAAAGUGGAUGGCCUACUCGGUUGUGUCUCAUUUUCUAUAUGACCAUAGUCACAUGUUCUUGUUUAAGGGAAAGUAGGUAUCCUUUUUUCUGAUUUAAGAAGUUUUUUCUGUUGCAGUGGCCUAUUACUUUCCCAAAUUUGCUACAUUCUGGGAUGAAUAGACUCAUUAGGGACAAAGAUGUUGGAGAGGAGAUCUACUGAUGUGAAAGUUUGUGGCUCAGAUUUUUGCCAAGACAGAUGUGUAUACCAUAGGGAACCAAUUGUGAAGUAGUUCUAGUGUGUUCUCAUAUUUUCCAUAAUGUGCAAAACCUAUCAGGUGGAUUUUUUGCGAGAGAGAGAGAGAAAGAGAGAGAAGUCAAUUGCAGCUUCAGAUCUGCAUAUGCAAUUUUCCUUUGAGGCAUGGUUGCAAAGUCCAGCUGAAAAGCUUGGCUUGAAGGAGACCUUCCAGGCACCCCAAUAUAGUCAGUUAGUCUUUUCUGUUGCGUAAAGGUACGAUUCCAAAAUGCAGUUUUGAUUUCUGCUGGUAAAUCCUCUUUCUCCCCCAUUCACCUUUCUGAAUCCCUCUUUCCCUUUUCUCUCCGUUUGCCCUGGAGUCAGAAAUAGGCUCUUGCCAUCUUUCAAAUCACACCGAGGAAUCGAAGUAGAGGGAGUUGAUGACGAAUGGUGGCUCACUAAGCCUGAAUGUUUCGAAUUAGACAUAGCGAAUAUAUUUUUUUAGAGUGUCCGCAAUCUGCACUUUUUAUUUUAUUUAGACUACUGUAAUGGAGUUCCCCCCUUUUAUUAAUUGUAAUGUAACUAAAUAAUAAAGUUAAGUUGGAAUGAGAAAA